AUGGGGGCUGUGCCUCCCGGCAAUGCUCGCCUGAACGAGCUUCUCGAGCAGAUUAGAGCCGAGUUCGACAGCCAACAGCGUCAGACCGAGAGCUUUGAACAUCAGAUCUCGGCGCAAGUCAGUGAAAUGCAGCUGGUACGUGAAAAGGUCUAUGCCAUGGAGCAAACGCAUAUGACGCUCAAGCAAAAAUAUGAGGAGGAAAUCAACAUGCUGCGGCACCAGCUCGAACUUGCUCGCAAGGGAGCUCCGCAGUCUGGUCUGCAAGGGCCUCCUCAACACGCAGGGCCGUCUCAGCAACCCCCAUCGAUUGCUCCUGGAAACGGCCUCUUCAGCGGCAUCAUGGCCGGCGGCAACCAAGGAGGUCUGGCGCCGCCGCAGCCUCAGGCCACUCCCCAGGAUCAGCAGAUGGGCCCUCACCACCACCAGAUGGCUCAGGGACCCCCAGGACUGCCAGUGCCGCCUCCCCACCCCAACGCGCAACAGCAGCAGCAGCAGCAGCCUCCUCCUCAGCAGCAGCCCCCGUACCAGCAGCAGGCCUAUCCCCAGGGCCCCGGCCCCGUCGUGUCCAACGGCAUGGGCCCUCAGCCGCCGCAGAGCACCGCGUCGCCCGGCCCAGGUCGCCGAGCCAUCAACCGCCCGCCAAACGCCGUCGGGCCUGCGACCCCCCAGAUCAACACCCCCGUGCCGUAUCCCAACAAUGCUCAGUCUCCGCAAGUGAGCCACCCGACGCCUGACCACGCUCGCAUGGGUCCCCGCGCCCCUCCCCCUCCCAUCAGCAACGCGCUGGGCGACCUCGAGGUUGAUGCCGUUGCGCCUCACAAUAAGAAGACGGGCAACGACUGGUAUGCCAUCUUCAACCCGCAGGUGCAGCGCGUCCUGGAUGUCGACCUGGUCCACUCUCUCACCCACGAGAGCGUCGUUUGCUGUGUUCGCUUCAGCCACGACGGCAAGUAUGUCGCCACCGGCUGCAACAAGUCGGCCCAGAUUUUCGAUGUCCAGACUGGUGAGAAGGUGUGUGUCUUGGAGGACCACAGCGCUACCGACAUGGCUGCCGAUCUCUACAUUCGAAGCGUCUGCUUCAGCCCUGAUGGCCGCUACCUGGCCACCGGUGCCGAAGACAAGCUGAUCCGAGUGUGGGAUAUUGCUACCCGAACCAUCCGCAACCACUUCUCGGGUCACGAACAGGACAUCUACUCGCUCGACUUUGCGCGCGACGGCCGCACCAUUGCCUCUGGCAGUGGCGACAGAACGGUCCGUCUCUGGGAUAUUGAGCAGGGCACCAACACCCUCACCCUCACCAUCGAGGACGGCGUUACGACUGUUGCCAUUUCCCCCGACACGCAGUUUGUUGCGGCCGGCUCUUUGGACAAGAGCGUUCGCGUCUGGGACAUCAUGACAGGCUACCUGGUCGAGCGGUUGGAAGGACCCGAUGGACACAAGGACUCUGUUUACUCCGUCGCUUUCUCGCCCAACGGCAAAGACUUGGUCAGCGGCAGUCUGGAUCGAACGAUUAAGAUGUGGGAGCUUAGCUCGCCCCGCGGCCCGCAGAACUCUGGCGCCAAGGGCAAGUGUGUCAAGACAUUCGAAGGCCACCGAGACUUUGUCCUGUCCGUCGCCCUGACCCCGGACGCCAACUGGGUCUUGUCCGGAUCCAAGGACCGCGGCGUCCAGUUCUGGGACCCCCGGACGGGAACUACCCAGCUAAUGCUUCAGGGACAUAAAAACUCUGUCAUCUCAGUUGCCCCCAGCCCACAGGGCGGCUACUUUGCCACUGGCUCAGGAGACAUGAAGGCUCGUAUCUGGUCGUAUCGUCCAUACUAGACAGGAGUGGCAGGACACCAGCCCCGAGGUAGAGGAGCGCAGCUUACUGGAUCCAGAGGGGUGCGGCAAACUCGAGGUAAAGAAGUGCAGCAAACUCAAGACAGAGGAAAUCGGCGAAGAAGAUGAUGAAGCGUCGGCCAAGGAAUCCUUGACAGAGUUUGACAAAAAAGCCUAUGGAGACCCCUUGAAUCAAAGAGUCAUAUGACCGAGGCUGAGGAUAAGAAAACGGCUUCAGUGGAGAAGCUCGAGACACGGAAGCGAAAGAAGAUGGGGUUUUGGAAAGGGAAAACGUAGGAAAACAAAGAUAUAUUCCCCCGACCCAAGUCCAGUUCUUCCUUAUUUUUUGUUAUUACAAGUUUGGAAUAUGUGUUUAUGAGGGAAGAUUAUGCGGGGGAGUGGUUCUUUUUAUCUUGAACUUUAAAGAGGGCUGGCGCAUAGGCGGGAAAGCACAGCCUUAUUUAAAACAAUUGUACGGUAUGAGGGUGGGGAGGGCUAAGGAGAUGGGUUCUAUUUACUUAUUAAUUCGGCCUUGCUUUUGCUCUUGAACUUUUUGUGUAUCUCCCUUUUUUUGAUAUGAAAAUUACUCAGAUUAUCUCUGCACUGCCAAGUCGGGAAUACAGUAACAUGUAAUUUUGAAUUGGUAUUGAUGGUUCUAUGCUAGUAGGUAUGAAAUUGAUGCUGUAAAUGAAUAGGGUAUAAUAUGAUGAAAUUGUGACUUGAUGUUUUAUGCCAGAGAGCCAAAGAGGCUGGAUAGUGCGUCUCCUUUGCCUUUUUUCUUUUUCUUUUUUUCUUUUGAUAUUGAUG